AUGAAUACGUUAGAUUCUCCGGUUGAAGCUCUAGCUUUCAACUAUCUCAGAUUCGAUAAAUUAUGGACGUGGUGGGUAUCUGUCCUCGCCGCCGCCGCCGGCUUUUGGAGGAUCAAAGUCCCUUCUUUAUCUCCGCCGUCAAAACCAAGCUCGGAGCCAUGCCAAGCAGCCGCCGCGAGGAGGCCAGCUUCCAGUGAGCCGCCGUCAACGGCUCCUAGAACUACUGUAACGCCGUUUUCCGCGUCGGAAGGAGUAGAUGGCUCGACGAAGGGGAAGUUCGCCGCGUAUUUUGACUGCGAUGAUGAGCUGGCCGGCGGUAACGACGCUGAGAGUAACGGUAACGGCGGCGGUGGGGGUGAAGUGUUGGUGAAGGACUGGUACGGGUGUUGGGAGAGGGUAAUGGAAACGAGAAUGGGAGAAAUGGGGUGGUACCGUUACCAGGAUAUAACGGUGAUUGACGGUAACGUCGUUAGGUUAUGGGAAGGUGGUGGUAGACGGAGGAGCACCGCCGCAGUGGUGGGUGUAGCUUGCGUUGUCACUACAUGGCAGUCAAGCAUCGGACGCCAUUAUUAG